AUGGACAACUGCAGUGAGACCACGUCGUGCCUGCAGUACAUCUUGACGUACCGUUCGAGGACCGGAGAACACAACCAUUACGUUUUCGUGUCGGACGCGGCCAAGAGCACGGUGCUGGUGCUCAAUACGGACACGGGCGCCCAGUGGGCCAUGGACUUUCCGCAAAAGUCGACGGGACACGAAGCGGCGGCGCGGGACAUAUUGUACAUGGUGCUGCUGCGGACGGCAAACGGCCAGACAUGGCUGUACACCACGUUCAUGUCCGGUUGCAAAGUUUUCGCCGUUGACCUCGAGUACAUCGAUCGGUGUACGUUGGAUGGAGCUCAGCCAGCGAUCGUCGAGGCGGGACACAAACCGUACCGGAUCACAGUGCUCGGUACUGACACCGGGAGUCGCAUGUACUUCCGGCGGCCCACCGAAAACGAGAUAUGGUCGUGGAACGCCAACUAUGGGCCAUUUCACCGGAACGGCUUCGAACUGGUGUCCAAGGGCACGGACUGCAGGGCCCCGGUGCACGUUGCCCCCGGAUACGGUGGGUUCGUUUAUGUGCUCAGGAGUAAUUUUGCCGAUUACGUGCGAAACAACACCGGUUCGAUGGGUGCUUACAGCCUCAUACAACCUGUCAUCACRCUAUCCUCAUUCUGUUCAAUCUUGUCGACUACAACGGUGCCGUCCAAAGCCGAUGACGGUUGCUCGUGUCUGCUGACCAACUGA